GUACUCUGAGCAAAUGGCGAGACCAGAGGACGAAUUAUGACACUCCUUCGAAAGAAUGAAUUAAACGUGCCCCCGCAUGUGUCUGAUUGACAGGCCUCCUGGGGAAAGGGCGUAUAAAGGAGCCGGUCACUGCCGGGAGGCAGAGAGAGCAAGUCCGAUGUCUGCAGCCUCCUUGGCCAGGCCUCUCCUCUCCGGCUGCAGCUAGUCCCCUCAGGACAGACUCAGUGUACUGACGUCGGUCACCAUUCUCUUGCAAACACACCAGAGGUCACGUGAACAAACUUCCCAGUGACACUCGGGCUGUAGCUGUGCACUCUUCAUCCGCGAGAUUGGUUUUCUCCUAAGUGUCACGGGUGGAGACAAGAUGCUCUGGGCACUGGCCCUGCUGGCUCUGGGCAUAGGGCCAAGAGCUUAUGCUGGUGACCACGUCAAGGACACUUCAUUCGACCUUUUCAGCAUCAGCAACAUUAACCGGAAGACCAUCGGUGCCAAGCAGUUCCGAGGGCCUGACCCCGGGGUGCCCGCAUACCGUUUUGUACGGUUUGACUACAUCCCCCCAGUGAACACAGAUGAUCUCAACAGGAUUGUCAAGCUUGCAAGGAGAAAGGAGGGCUUCUUCCUCACAGCCCAGCUGAAGCAGGACCGCAAGUCUCGGGGAACACUCCUCGUGUUGGAAGGCCCCGGCACCUCCCAGAGGCAGUUUGAGAUUGUGUCCAAUGGCCCAGGGGACACUUUGGACCUCAACUACUGGGUAGAAGGCAAUCAGCAUACCAACUUCCUGGAGGAUGUGGGCCUGGCUGACUCCCAGUGGAAGAAUGUGACUGUGCAGGUGGCCAGUGACACCUAUAGCCUGUAUGUGGGCUGCGAUCUUAUCGACAGUGUCACCCUGGAAGAACCAUUCUAUGAGCAGCUGGAAGUAGACAGGAGCAGGAUGUACGUGGCCAAAGGUGCAUCUCGAGAGAGUCACUUCAGGGGCUUGCUGCAGAAUGUCCAUCUCGUGUUUGCUGAUUCUGUGGAAGAUAUCUUAAGCAAGAAAGGCUGUCAACACAGCCAGGGAGCUGAGGUCAACACCAUCAGUGAACAUACAGAGACACUCCAUCUGAGCCCUCACAUCACCACAGAUCUCGUGGUCCAGGGGGUGGAGAAGGCACAGGAAGUGUGUACGCACUCCUGCGAGGAGUUGAGCAACAUGAUGAAUGAGCUCUCUGGACUGCACGUCAUGGUGAACCAGCUGAGCAAGAACCUGGAGAGAGUGUCUAGUGAUAACCAGUUCCUCUUGGAGCUCAUUGGGGGCCCUCUAAAGACAAGAAACAUGUCAGCCUGUGUGCAGGAGGGCCGAAUCUUUGCAGAAAAUGAAACCUGGGUUGUGGAUAGUUGUACCACAUGCACCUGCAAGAAAUUUAAAACAGUCUGCCAUCAGAUCACCUGCUCACCUGCAACUUGUGCCAACCCAUCUUUUGUGGAAGGCGAGUGCUGUCCAUCCUGUUCACACUCUGCAGACAGCGAUGAGGGCUGGUCUCCGUGGGCAGAGUGGACCGAGUGUUCUGUCACCUGUGGCUCUGGGACCCAGCAGAGAGGCCGGUCUUGUGAUGUCACCAGCAACACCUGCCUGGGCCCCUCCAUUCAGACAAGGACAUGCAGCCUGGGCAAAUGUGAUACGAGAAUCCGUCAGAAUGGAGGCUGGAGUCACUGGUCACCCUGGUCUUCAUGCUCCGUGACUUGUGGAGUUGGCAAUGUCACCCGCAUACGUCUCUGCAACUCACCAGUGCCCCAAAUGGGUGGCAAGAACUGCAAGGGCAGCGGCCGGGAAACCAAACCCUGUCAGCGUGAUCCAUGCCCAAUUGAUGGCCGCUGGAGCCCCUGGUCCCCUUGGUCAGCCUGCACAGUUACCUGUGCUGGAGGGAUCCGUGAGCGCACACGUGUUUGCAACAGCCCUGAGCCCCAGUAUGGAGGGAAGGACUGUGUCGGGGAUGUGACAGAACACCAAAUGUGCAACAAGAGGAGCUGCCCUAUUGAUGGGUGCUUAUCCAACCCGUGUUUUCCUGGAGCCAAGUGCAACAGCUUCCCUGAUGGGUCCUGGUCCUGUGGCUCCUGCCCAGUGGGCUUUCUGGGCAAUGGUACCCACUGUGAGGACCUGGAUGAGUGUGCUGUGGUCACAGAUAUCUGCUUCUCAACUAACAAAGCUCCCCGCUGUGUCAACACCAACCCCGGCUUCCACUGCCUGCCUUGUCCACCACGCUACAAGGGGAACCAGCCCUUCGGUGUUGGCCUGGAGGAUGCUAGAACAGAAAAACAAGUGUGUGAGCCAGAGAAUCCAUGUAAGGACAAGACUCACAGCUGCCACAAGAAUGCAGAGUGCAUCUACCUGGGCCACUUUAGUGACCCCAUGUACAAGUGUGAGUGCCAGAUUGGCUACGCAGGUGAUGGGCUCAUCUGCGGGGAGGACUCAGACCUGGAUGGCUGGCCCAACAGCAACCUGGUGUGUGCUACUAAUGCCACCUACCACUGCAUCAAGGACAACUGCCCCAAACUGCCAAAUUCCGGGCAGGAGGAUUUUGAUAAGGAUGGAAUCGGAGAUGCUUGUGACGAGGAUGAUGACAAUGACGGUGUGAGCGAUGAGAAGGACAAUUGCCAGCUUCUCUUCAAUCCCCGUCAAUUAGACUAUGACAAGGAUGAGGUUGGAGACCGCUGUGACAACUGCCCCUAUGUACACAACCCAGCACAGAUCGACACAGACAACAAUGGCGAGGGGGACGCCUGCUCUGUGGACAUUGAUGGAGACGAUGUUUUCAAUGAGCGAGACAAUUGUCCAUAUGUCUACAACACUGACCAGAGAGACACAGAUGGUGAUGGUGUGGGUGACCACUGUGACAAUUGUCCUCUGAUGCACAACCCAGAUCAGAUCGAUCAGGACAAUGAUCUCGUUGGAGACCAGUGUGAUAACAAUGAGGACAUAGAUGAUGACGGCCACCAGAACAACCAAGACAACUGCCCAUACAUCUCCAACUCCAACCAGGCUGACCAUGACAACGACGGCAAGGGCGAUGCCUGCGACUCUGAUGAUGACAACGAUGGUGUUCCAGAUGACAGGGACAACUGUCGGCUUGUGUUCAACCCAGACCAGGAAGACUCAGACGGUGACGGCCGAGGUGAUAUUUGUAAAGAUGACUUUGACAAUGAUAAUGUCCCAGAUAUUGAUGAUGUGUGCCCUGAGAACAAUGCCAUCACUGAGACAGACUUCAGAAACUUCCAGAUGGUCCCUCUGGAUCCCAAGGGGACCACACAAAUUGAUCCCAACUGGGUAAUUCGUCACCAAGGCAAAGAGCUGGUGCAGACAGCAAACUCAGACCCUGGCAUCGCUGUAGGUUUCGAUGAGUUUGGGUCUGUGGACUUCAGUGGCACUUUCUAUGUCAACACUGACCGGGAUGAUGACUAUGCUGGCUUUGUCUUUGGCUAUCAGUCAAGCAGCCGCUUCUAUGUGGUGAUGUGGAAGCAGGUGACCCAGACCUACUGGGAAGACAAGCCCAGUCGGGCUUACGGCUACUCUGGUGUGUCACUCAAAGUGGUAAACUCCACGACUGGUACUGGCGAGCACCUGAGGAAUGCUCUGUGGCACACGGGAAACACAGAAGGCCAGGUCCGGACUCUAUGGCAUGACCCCAAAAACAUUGGCUGGAAAGACUACACUGCCUACAGGUGGCACCUGAUUCACAGGCCUAAGACAGGCUACAUGAGAGUCUUAGUGCACGAAGGAAAGCAAGUCAUGGCUGACUCAGGACCAAUUUAUGACCAAACCUAUGCUGGUGGAAGGCUGGGCCUGUUUGUCUUCUCCCAAGAGAUGGUCUAUUUCUCGGACCUAAAGUAUGAGUGCAGAGAUGCCUAGAGAGCAGGGCUCCAGCUCCAGCAAUGUGCUGCAAACACCCCUUCUUAGACACAUCAGUCCAUCUUGGCACUUGUGGCUUUUCUGUCAUUUGGCAUUUCCUGUUUCUUGACCUUAACUGAGUGGAUCUACACCUCCUUCAUCAGCACCAAGUCCAAGUGUCUUCAAAGGAUAAACAUCAAUUGCACUCCAAGAGCUUCCAGCCUGCUGCUGGAAAACAGUUGGAUGAGAUAUGAGGCUCACUGUGGAGCGAAGACCGAGCCUGCCGCUGUGUUGCCUUUUCUUGUUUGUUUAAAAAGAAUGACGUUUACAUGUAAAUGUAAUGACUUGCAGUAUUUAUGUGUAUAUGGAGUUGAAGGGAGUAUUGUGUUUAAGUCAUUCUCAUAAAUUAAGCAUGAAAAAUA